AUGCCGUACAACACUCGUCGAAAGUCCUUGUCUCUCCCAUCCUUGGGCAUACAGUUGCCCAACGCCUCCCGAGCUCACCGCCCUUCGAUUUCCAAGGCCUCGCUUGCCACGGAAACACCUCAACAACCACCGACGAAGAAAAUCAAGAGGUCGCAUACUUCAAAUUCACCUUCACCCACAUCGCCACCAAGACCCAAAUCAUCGGCGACCUCACAUUCCACCAAGGUUGUGUCGUUUGCAGAUCGGCCUAAGAGUAGCGGCCGCGUUGCGUACGAACACACCCCACCACCGUCACCACGGGCGUCAACAGACACCAAAGUCGACACAGAGGGCAUCAGUGAUGAUAUCGUGGUUGGUGUGAUCGAGCAGCUAGAAAAGACCGGGAAUAGGCCACACUUGAUCAAAGAGCUUGCAACUGUCCUGUCGAGUAUAAGCGAUGCUGUCUCCAGCUCGGCGAACCCGGCUGCCCUACUCUCAUCCCGACUGUCAGCAUACCUCAAGCGCCCAUGGAGUGCCCUGUCGCCGUGCCCACUCGAUAAAGAGCUGACCACCGUCCAUCCUCGCAAAGUCUACUACUUCCUCACCACACUCCCCCGCCAAGACUUUCCCACCGCCCUCUCAGACGUCAUCAUCUCGGCACAUUCUGGAGGUAAAGGAGGAAGGCGCAUAAUAUCUCCCAGCAUCAGUAGCGCAAGCAUCGAUGGAGACACCGAGGCUGCAGAGGAACGAAAUCGUGAUGCUAUGAGUCCCAGUCCGGAGAUUGAUCUGUCCGAGGACCUUGAUGUAGCGGUGCCGGGCGUCGAUGAUUUCGCAACACCACCGACGCCUGCAGGGUCAUCAUUUUCCGGAAGGUCAAGCUUAGCAAGAGAUGGAUCAAACGGUUCUUCAUCGGACAUUGCGCUCUCACAUAAUCACAAAGCUGCAAGCCCUCCACUUGAAGGAGACGAGAAGGAAUUCACCCAGACGGCGAGCAGUAUGCGUAUGCGAGGCAUGAGCUUGGACGACCCGACAAUCAGACCAUCAACCGAAGAUCCAAGUGAAGGGGUUGUGGAAGAGACUGAGGAAGAGAAAGCAAAAAGGAACCGGAGAAGCUGCAGAAGCAUUAUUUGGUGGACAUCACAGCCAGGAUUCCAGUUUGAUGAUUACGAGCAGCCCUUUAAUGAAAGCGAUACAACCAAUCAUGGUCGGAAAAGAACCCAAGCAAGGAGGAGAAGACGUGGAAAUGAAAGAGUCGACUUCCAUACUGGGAGACAGUGGAGUUGGGUUGACGUGGGAUACCAGAGAAGCGGAAGACAUACAAAUUGA